AACCCACUCAGAUUUAAAACUGAAACAGAAAGAUUCUGAAGUCAGUUCGAUUGGAAUCGACAGCCAUCCCCACUCGAAGAGUUUUCGGUUAUUUAUCGUCCAAUGGUGCCACCUCCUGGACCUUACUCCGGCACCAGCACGCUCGCCCUGGUGGCUCGUGUGUCGGCCUUCAGUUUUGGUGCGGUUUAUGGUAAUAUGAAGCUCAAGAUUCUUAAGAUGAAGGCAAAGUCACACAAGAAAGCGGAAGCCAAGGCACAUCACUGAGGAGCUGUUCAUAGAAUGGAAUAAGGAGAGGUGGGGCUCCUGUUUCAAAUUUGAUGCAUUUGAACACGACGGUUCUUGAACAUGGUGUUGGUAGUUAAUUUUGGUUUGCUAUCUUUGCUAUUAGAAUUCUCAUUAUUGCUUUUCCUUUUGAAAGAGCGCAAGGAUGAUCUUGAUAUAAGUGCUGCUAGUUUAUCAUCUGAACUAUUGGAAUUCACAUUAUCUUCAUAGAGAGAAGAAGAAUUGUUGUUAUGAUUUAGUUGAUUCCCUUCUGCUUAGUGUUUUUUUCGUGAUUUAAUGGAAUAAUUUGAUGGUUGAUGGCUUGAUGCAGAAGGUCUUCCACCACUCAAUGUUGUAUAUUGAUAUUAAUUCUUUCUUUU